CGGUUUGCUCGCAGGUUCCAACGACAAAUCGCCGCGAACAGUCCACUCCGGGAAUUAUCCCAAAAAAUAACAAAAAAAAACUUUACUUUGAAAGAAAUGAGAUUUAAUCUUUAAUUUGCAUCUUUUUUGAACGUAAAUUAAAUUUAAAAAAAAUCAAGAACGGUCUUUCGGCACGAAAGCACUUAAAGGCUUAUAGACCAAUACCCACCGAACAACAACAACUCAAUAAUGGAUAGUUUACAAUCCUUGGGGCCACACUUUGCCGCGCUGUCCAAUGGGUCAGUCACAGACAAGGUCACGCCCGAUAUGGCGCACUUAAUUCACCCGUACUGGAAUCAAUUCCCAGCUAUGGAUCCCAUCUGGGCGAAAAUCCUCACGGCGUACAUGAUCAUCAUCGGUAUGAUUUCAUGGUGUGGAAAUGGCGUGGUGAUUUAUAUAUUCUCAACAACGAAAUCAUUACGUACACCCGCUAACCUGCUGGUCAUCAACUUAGCGCUAUCUGAUUUCGGUAUAAUGAUCACAAAUACGCCGAUGAUGGGUAUCAAUUUGUAUUUCGAAACCUGGGUCUUGGGACCGGCCAUGUGCGAUCUAUAUGGUGGUUUGGGCUCGGCCUUUGGUUGCAGUUCCAUUUGGUCGAUGUGCAUGAUCUCUCUGGAUCGUUACCAAGUCAUUGUUAAGGGUGUAGCGGGACGACCAAUGACGAUUAAGUUGGCGCUGAUGAAAAUCGCCUUCAUCUGGGCAAUGGGCAGCAUUUGGACAUUGGCGCCAGUCUUCGGCUGGAGCAGGUAUGUGCCUGAGGGUAAUUUGACAUCUUGCGGUAUUGAUUACUUGGAGCGCGACUGGAAUCCACGAUCAUACUUGAUCUUCUACUCCAUCUUCGUCUACUACGUUCCGUUAUUCUUGAUUUGCUACUCUUACUGGUUCAUCAUUGCUGCUGUAUCAGCUCACGAGAAGGCCAUGCGCGAACAAGCCAAGAAAAUGAAUGUCAAAUCUCUGCGCUCCUCUGAGGAUGCCGAGAAGAGUGCUGAGGGCAAACUGGCCAAGGUUGCGCUAGUCACCAUCUCACUGUGGUUCAUGGCGUGGACACCAUACUUGGUGAUCAACUGCAUGGGCCUGUUCAAGUUCGAGGGAUUGACACCACUGAACACCAUCUGGGGUGCUUGCUUCGCCAAAUCGGCCGCUUGCUACAAUCCCAUUGUCUACGGUAUCAGCCAUCCCAAAUACCGUUUGGCAUUGAAAGAGAAAUGCCCAUGCUGUGUGUUCGGCAAGGUCGAUGAUGGCAAGUCCAGCGACGCGCAGUCACAGGCCACUACAAACGAAUCGGAGUCCAAGGCAUAAAUUCUCCGACAUGUGCCAGCCGUUAGCGAUGUAAUGACAGCAACAAAUACGAUAAAAAUAACAACAAUAGCAACAAAAUUAGCGUGGGCAUUCCGCGCGAAUGCAAUAUUAGUAGCAACAACAACAACAACACUGACAACAGUUAUGGAAACAACUAGCAGCAACAUAACGAAGAGAUUCAAUUGUUUUAUAAGAGAGAGCGAAUUUAUAAGAAUGAAAUUGUUUAUGAGUAUAAUUAUUGACAUAGAUAAAUAUAUAAACCAUAAAGUGCAACGUCAUCAAAGACUUAAAAAAAUUAAACAAAAAAAUAAAAGAGCAAACGAACUUGUAAAAAGUUAAUAAAAAAAAACAACGGUUUUUUCUUUAAUAAAAAAACUAA